AUGUCGUCUAUGUAGUUUAGGAUGAAGAACUCCAGACCCAUAACCACAAAUGGUACAAGAAUGAUGGAGAGUAGCGCCAAUAUGGGAAGUAAAUUAAUGUAUAAUUAUGACCAUCCAAUAAGUAAAUAACUUACAAGUCCUAAAUUCUCAUGUGAAUAUGAAGUUACUCAAGAAGAAAUUAGACAACUUAAAUUAUAACUAAAUGCAUCAAAAAAAGAGUCAUCCUAAGCUAAAUCUCGAAUCUUAUAUUUAGAAAAAGAAUUACAAAGAUAUGAAAACUUAGUUGAAGAACAUAGUAAAACUGCCAAUAAUAAUGACACAACCAAGUUAGUGAUUGAAAAAGCUGCAAUUGUUCAAAAAUUAAGAGCGAAACAUAAACAACUGGUCCAAGAAUUGCUUGAAAAAACUAAAGAAAUAGCUUAAUUAAAGAAAAGCACUAAAUACACCACAGUCCAAGAAUUAGAAAUUGAAGUUCAAAACUAUGGGGAAGAGAAUUAAAGACUAAGGGAAAAACUAGAAUAUUACCAAUCUAUAGUAGAUCUUCGUAGUAGCAAGGAACCUUUGGAAAAGAAAAUUAUCCAAUAUGAAAAAACCUACAAGAUCAUUCACAAAGAUAAUUAGGAAUUACUUAAUUAAAUCAAGUAAUUAGAAAAUUAAAAUAAGCAACAGAAGUAAAAAAUAGAGCAAUUAAAUAAAGAGAUCUCAUCUCAACAAACUGAAAUAUAUAAAUAUCAAGAAUCCAUCAAUGAGUUGUAAUCAUACAACGAACGUAUUCAAGCAAUGUUGGAAGAAGAAAAACAAAAUGAAUAGCAACCAAGUGAAGAGUUACGGUAAGAAUGUUUUUAAUAAAUUGAAACCUUGAAAAGUAAACAUACUGAAGAGCUAGAUGAAAAAAAUAAGGAAAUCAGAGACUUAAAUGCUGAGAUAUAUAAAUAGACAUUGCACAUCCAAGAACUUGAAAAACUACUUGAAUAGUAUGAAGAAUCAAUUAAAGAAAAGCAAUCCUCUAAUUAAUCCCCUAUGCAAAUUUAAAAAAGCUUUUGA